AUGGAAUCAAUGGCAUCGAUCUCAACGGCAAUCGAUAAUAUUAUUCAACGAACAAAUGAAGUAAAAGUAUAUCAAGAUCAUUUGAAAUUGAUAAUAACUAGUUUGACUUGUAUUCGACAAGAAUUGAAUGAUAGAUUUACAACAUCAGAUGAAAGUCAUUCACAAGAAUAUUUUGCACAAAUACUAAAAGCCACCGAUGAAGUUGUUACAAGUUGUAGUGAAAAUGAAAAUUAUCACUAA